GAAGUAGCGGCUAUUUCUGCCCCCUUGCUUUCUUGGGCAACUUGGGGUAUGCUGCCUAGUACGUUAUUAUUAUUAACCUCAUCCAUCCACAAAGAUGGCUCAAAAGCCGGUUUUCCUUGAAUUCCUUCAAGCCGGAGGAAAGGGCUAGAUAGAGGGCUGAGCAAGACUUGCAACCUAUGAAAUAAUAACCCUUCUCACCAGUCUAUCACCUGUUCAUCCCGAUUAACCGCCAUCUCUACGGAGCCCUUUUGCGUUUCCCCACUGGACGAUCAGUGUUUACCUGCAGCCUUCUUUCCGCAGCGAGGGACCUGUUUCCUGCUUCGAUUUUACACAUUAUUGCCUCCUCAUAUGCCAACGCUCGCAGGAUCGAGUUCUCUUUGCGAAUUUGGUGCAGAGUUAGACGCAUCGGUUGCAUCUUAAUAUAGCGCACUGUUCAUCAUGAUAUCUGCGGCGCCGCAGCAGGAGGUGGGAGGGAAGUUGGUAGCUUUUGAGGGCGAUGCCGACACAAUAUCCACGCAACUGCGACUCCUUCCUCCGUCACAAAAGAUCCUCAUACUGCCGUCUUUACUGGAGAGUGUACCCAAGACCACGGAUAAGCAAUCAUUCAACGCUCGAGCAUUCAUCCGCGAAGUACAUACAGCUUUUGGCCAGCGAAACGAAACAGCACGGUCCUUCCUGCAAUCUUCAACUAGUACACAUCCAAGACUUGUUUUCAUGAAUGGAGGCAGUGUCGGUGCGCGCACUGCCUGUAUAACGGCUAUAUGCGAGAAUGUUACAAAUGGAGAAAUUGGAGAAGCCGAGGCGAUUUUCGACGAAAUCAUGAAGGAUGGGGUAGCAGGUUUAAUGAAACAUGAAGAGAUGGUCGUUGAAGAUGGACAAUUGGAGGAGGUGGAUGAGAGUCUCGAUGGGACUGAGGAGAGUGAUGAGGACCCAACUGUCAAGGCCAUGAAAGCUGCGGAUUCUCUGGAUCGAGAGACAGCGGCCUUACAAGAAGACAUGGAAGAGGACGGCGCGAGGACAGAAAACACGAAUGAAGACCACCGGCAAAGCGUCUCCACCUUUAAUUACGGCGACGAUAUAGUAACAACUGUCGUCACAAUUCCAAAUCGAACAGAGGGGGCCUACGGUAUCAACACCUUCGGGAGUGGACCUCUGACUACCCCUUUCUCGGCAGCCACCUAUUUCACAGGAGCCCGUUCAUAUCAGUCAGAUGACGAAGAAGACAACGAACGGGCUGAUAGAUACGAUAUGGGUGCGCUCUCUCCUGGCGAGGAUAGUAUGUUUUCUGCCCCUACUACCCCUCGAGUCGAGUAUGGGGAGGCUUGCAUUGUGGACGUGCACGCCGUUAUUGCAAAAAAUGAGGAGAACGAAGUGAGGAGAGUAAGAUCAAUGGAGACAUUCUACCCAAACAGUUCAAGAGCCCAAGAAAUUGAUCUGACCCCGAGAAAGCUCAACCACACAAAGUCCGAAUAUCACUUAGGAGGAAGACCAUUCACAACCUAUGGUAGAAUGGAAAAAGAAUCAUCUCCCAAAUUUUUCCAACUGCCACGGACGACAUUCAUGAGAGCCUCGAAGACGAAUAUCAAGAAAUCUCCAUCUUUAAACUUUUCCGAAAACUCGUCUUCGACAUCCACACCUACUGUUCGUGUAUUCCAGGAUCGUGGCAUUGAUGCCUGGGAGGGUCCAGCUCAGCCCUCAGAAACAAAGCCUGAAGAGAAUGGCGCUCUUGAGCACCCGGUCUUCCCUGUGGUGGAGGACAUGAUUGUUUACUUUGUUAACAACGCUUCUAACGAAAUCCUUGAAUCCGUCAUUCGCUCCUACAAGAACGGCGCAUACCCCAUGACUCCAUCUCCUGCGUCUCCAGAUGCAGAAUACCCACCAAGCUCGACGUUUUCCAAUCGUAAUGCGGAUGAGAGUUGUGCCAGGCCAGAUUCUCAUCACACAGUCGAGACUGACGAUGAGGGAUUCCACAGGCGCCAUGAGUUUGAUCCGUACUCUGAUAGCAGUUACCCUUCAAGUUCCAAGCAAUGGCCACUCAGUGAUAAAUUAGGCCGCAACCACGGGGUAGAUCAAACCACGAAGCCGCCAACACCGACAAUGACACCUCCGCCACAAAGCAACGAGAGAUUCUAUGAAUUUUCUCCGGUAAACCCUAGCAGUGUUAUUGGUGUUCAGAAUUGUUUAAGGUCUUUCUUGAAUAUGCACUUUCCGGCGGGCGAGAACGGCUACACUCAGCACUAUUUCUCGGUCACUCCUGAGGCUGAUAGACUCUGGAAACCAGUCUUCGGGAAUGAUCAAAAUGUGAGUACUGGUAAUGAGGGCAGGACAGUUGAUCAGAUCAUUGCACUGGGAUGUGAAGAUGGCGUCAAGAAGGAUUUCUUCGCCCAAAUAUCUGGACAAAUUGAACGACUUGGGACUAAACGGAACGGUCUCAAUAGAAGUGCGAGGCUUGAUCUGAGAUAUCUCAUCGCAAACGCCAUGCAAACAUAUUUGUCCCUCCCUCAUGCCACUCAAAACGCCGCCAACCCCUUGACGAACCCGACUCUCCUCGCUACCCUCCUUAUUCCCCAUCUCGAGGCCCAUCUGGCAAUCAACACUAGUACCCGCCUUCUAAUACUUAUCUAUCCUUCUAACCACUUGUCCACUGUCGUGGCUCUCCGCAGACUACUCGGACAGGACAUCCUAAAAGUCGCUGGAAUCCUCGAUUCACAGGCCUCCGAUCCGCCUACCUUUGGCUCUCGCCCUCGCACACCACCCAACCACCCCCUUUCAAACGAAGCCACCUCCCCGAAAGCUUCCAACUCUCACCAGCAUAAGCGUCGGGAUUCCUUGAGAUCCCUCGUAAGCCACGUAUCGCAUCCUUCGCUCCAGCAUUCCAAGAAUUCCGAAUCAUCCUUCUCAAAAGCCAACUACCUCCUCCCGAGCACAGCAACCGACAGCGAAAUUGCCACUUUCUUAUCAAGCAUCUGGAGGCCGCUGGCGGAGAAAUCUGCAUUCUAUACCCCUGAACCGGCAGUCGAGCCGGUCGUCGUGGAAAAGGUCGUCGAAAAGAUUGUCGAGAAGAUCGUAGAGAAAUCAGCACCGCCACAAACACCGACCGGCUCAAGUCAUCCACCAGUCUCCUACUUCCAGGGUCGCGACGGGCGUGAUGCUAAGAUCGCACGCCUGACAGGCCAUGCUUCUGAUAAGCGAUCCCAUCAUUAUACGCCCUCGAUCACUUCGACUAUAAGGACCACGGCAAGUGAAAGAGGCCGAAGGGAGGUGCGGGAAAGGGAACUCGAGAAGGCAUGGGAAGACUUCUAUAUCGGCGAGGAGGAUAGUGAAGAUGAUGCUUACGACCGUAUGGUGAUGGGACGAGCAGGCGCACGGAUCGUGCCCGAGGUAGUAAAGCAGAUGGCGGGGAAGAAGAGGAGUAGUAAGAAAGCGCUGAAGUGGCUUGGCCUGGCAUAACCGUUCUUCCUUUUCACUGUCCUGUCAUGUCCCAUUCAUCUUUGGGUGGGAGUCUAUGCUGCCAUCGUUUUUUUAUGACAACGUCACGUCUGGUCCGAUCUAGGGACAUUUCCUUUCUGUUAUUUGGAGUUCAAUACUCUUGUAUUUUUAGGGCUAGCUAAAUGGUUGGUGUACGUUGAAAAGUCAGCGUUGGAAAUAUCAGAUAAUGUAAUGUUGUAUAUAUAG